GAGAGAGAGAGAGAGCGAGCCUGUGCACUUCAAGGAGUACUUUUGCAUGUUUGUGGAGCCGGGAGUAGCAGUCACUCGCAGGGCAGCGUCCAUGCAGUGCCAGGACGCAGCCGUGUCCGCUCUGAGCUGGGCUCUGGUGGUCGGAGGGGCGCUCUACCUGUGGCAUCAGACCCGGAGCCCCGCCCAGUACGGCCGCUAUGCGUCGAAGCGGAGCCGCUGCUGUUCGGCCAGACUCGGCUGGUUCCUGCAGGAGCUUCCGUCCUUCCUGCUGCCGCUGGUGCUGCUGCUCCGGGCCGACGGGACGGGUUCGCGUGCGGGGACCGGCAGGACGCUGCUGCUGUGCACCUUCACGCUGCACUACUUCCACAGGACUUUUAUCUACGCCUUCCUGACCAGAGGACGCCCCAUCCCUGUGCGCAUUGUCGCGUCUUCCGCCAUCUUCUGCUCGCUCAACGGCUUCCUGCAGGGACACCAGCUGCUGCACUGCAGCCGCUUUGAGCACACCUGGCAGACGGACGCCCGCCUGGCCGCAGGUCUUCUUGUGUUUGUUGUUGGAAUGGCCAUCAACAUCCACAGUGACCACAUCCUGCGCAGCCUGAGGAAACCCAGAGAAAGCGUCUACAGGAUCCCCUAUGGGGGGAUGUUUGAGCUGGUGUCUGGUGCCAACUUCUUUGGGGAGAUCGUGGAGUGGUGUGGUUUCGCUUUAGCCGCCUGGUCUUUACCAGCCUUCGCCUUUGCUUUCUUCACCGGCUGCUCCAUUGGACCCAGAGCCUAUCAACAUCACCGGUACCAAUGUAAAAAAUUGACCCAGUCUGAUCUUCUGGGCCGGCCUGUUUUGAAUGUGUUUGUGUUUCAGAGACUACCUGAGAAGGUUCCAGCACUACCCUCACUGCAGGAAAGCCCUCAUUCCCUACUUACUGUGACAACGCUGAGGAAGCUUCUCGCUCCUCUUCUCCUUCCACGAAAUGUAGAAGCCAGGUAUUAGUCUGAGCCCACCACACGUACUCCUUCAGGUUACCUAAUGUUUACCUUAGAAUCAACUAACCGAACAGCUCGUGCUGUUCUGAACACAUUGACCCUGAGAACACACAAAUUUGUGUUCUCAGAGUCCAACCUGAGUCCAGAAACUAAACCUGCAGCAGCAGCUUCACGUGGUGGCGCCUUGGUUUCAUUGUUGUUUGCCUCAGGCUCUUGUUUUUAUUUAGAUUAAAUGUUUGGAUUUUAUCACUGCUGUGUUUUAUUGUGACAAUAAUUGUGCUGUUUUAAAAACAUGAACUAAAUAAAAGAUUUGGAACAGAA